UCUCUCUAGAAGCCCCACACACAAUACAGAGUCAGAAACUAGAUAAGUAUACUAGAGAGAGUACACACACACACGCACAGAACGGAGAGAGAUAUAUUAUAUUUGUACAUCUUUCAUGGCUGCCGCAGCAGAGUCGACAUCAUCAGACUCUUCAUCAAAUCUAAGAAUUAUAGUCCAAGCAAAUCCUUCAGAGUCACAACUAUCUGACUUGGGUAUCAAGUCUUGGCCCAAAUGGGGUUGCUCUCCGGGAAAGUAUCAACUAAAAUUUGAUGCGGAAGAGACAUGUUACUUGGUGAAAGGAAAGGUGAAAGUGUAUCCAAAAGGGUCAACGGAGUUGGUUGAGUUCGGAGCCGGCGAUCUAGUCAUAAUUCCAAAGGGACUCAGUUGCACUUGGGACGUAUCUGUUGCAGUUGACAAAUACUACAAGUUUGACUCAUCCUAGAUUUCAGAUCACACUCUCAAUCUCUUGCUGCUUUUUAAACUCACCAUGUAGUGUGUUCUUCAAUCUUGGUAAAUUCUUACUAGUUUUUUUCUUGUGUUUUUUUUUUUGGGGAGUUAAAUAUGCAAGGUAGUGAUAUAUUUAGUCAAAAGGAGAGCAAUUGGUCAAAGUAUGUACUAUUCAACUAACCUCAUUUAUGAGUUUUAUUGUAACCAUUUAAAGUUCCUUUGACUGGUCAACAUACAUGUAUUUAUCACCGUUGGGUUUGUCGAUACAUAGAUGUUCCAUGUGCUAAAAUAUAGAAUAGAUCUUUUAAAUUAAAA